GGCACGAAAAUCAGAGAAAGAAAAGGGAUUAGAUGGUGAAGCUAUGGAUAUGGAUGAUGCGAAGGAUAAAACGAAGAAAGAAGAAGACAAGCCUCCACAGCAGGAAGAAAUAAAGGAAGAUAAAAAAGCCAAGAAGAAACCGAAAGAAGAGUCCUUUGAAAUUCUCAAAAAUAUGGCGCGCGUACUACCUGCACAGUUGCAACAUAUAUCAUUUAAAGAUGAUUCACGAUAUAUUCCUGUGAAAAAAGAGAUUACUGGUGGCAUCACCAUGAUGAUAGACAGGAGACCCGAUGAAGCGGAAGAGCUAAUCUUGCCCAGCGCACCAGUUGCUGCCGAAGUGCAAGAAGAGGAAGAAGCUCCAAUGCCAAAACCAUUCGAAUACCCAUUUGAAUCUUAG